CUUGCAGACUUAACGUAAUGACGCUCAGCACUUCAGUCAACGUCACAUUUUGAAAGUCCCUGUAGUGCUGACAUUUGGUCUCAACCCGACGCUUUGGGUGAACGCGCCCCAGAAUAGCCCUGCGCGAUGUCUGUUUUACUCAGUUUGACGAAAUUCUUAUUAAUUGCUUCCACUGCAACUAUAUUAUCACUAUGUUACCUUUACAUGAAAACUGGGAAAUGCGCAUCACCACCGCUUCAGAGGGCCUACAACCCCAUGCCUAAUGUCACUCGACAGCCAACAUCAUGUAGCUGUCCCAGGUCCAUGAUAGAUUUAACAAAAUACGUGAACAAGGACAAAUUCAGCGACAUUGUUAAACGCAGAGCUGAAGUUUUUGAACAGGAUCAGAUCAGAAAAAAGACGAUACUAAAUGAGCUUCUGUUAGCUCCACCUCAUUCCCCUCUACAAUAUCCAAUCCAAGGAUUCAUUGUCAGUCCUCUCAAAAAGGGCAUCAUUCCAGGUUUAAGUGUACAUACUGUACAAAAACAAAAUUACAAGGUGACACUGAGCGUAAGCAGUGGUGUCCUGGCAGUGGAAAGUCUUCAGGAAAAGGACCAAGUGACGGGACAGAAUGAGAAGGUUCUCUCCAUUUCUGCCUCCAGCCUGUACUCUCUCAAUGACCUGCUGGGUCGGGUCUCCUACAGAAGCACUGUGUACAGCAUCAAGUCUGGAGACCUGGUACACUUCACCUUUGAGCAGUACAAGGCCGUCUUCCCCGUUGUGAUCCGACAGCCUACAGUGCCAGUUCUAUACGAACUUGGAGAGGAUAUCAAAUCCCAAGUAACGGUGACGACUAAGACUUUCCUGAGGUACCCUGAAGUGAACUAUCUCGUCAAAACGAUUAGACAGUUUUACGAAGACAUCAAAAUCAUCAUUGCGGAUGACAGCCUAAACCCACAGAAAGUGAAUGGAGAUAACAUUGAGCAGUACUUCAUGCCACCUGCCCAGGGCUGGUUUGCUGGCAGGAACCUUGCCGUCUCGCAGGUCACCACCAAGUACUUUCUGUGGGUGGAUGAUGACUUUGAGUUCACAGAGAGAACAAAGAUAGAGAGAUUUGUAGAAAUCAUGGAGUCUAAGCCUGAACUGGAUGUGGUCGCAGGGUCGGUGGGCAUAUACGCAAAUUCCUUCACGCUUAUCUACGACGAAGGAGACGAGGACGGUGGCUGUUUGACCCGAGUAAAAGGCACCUACCAGCCCAUUCCCGAGAUCCCAAACUGCUACUAGCUCGGGGUGAUCA